GCAUUGCAUUUUGGCGCAAUUUUCGUGCAAUCGACCGGCGCAUUGCUAUUUGUGAAUUAAGUUUUGUAAUUGUCUGUGAAUUUGCAAUAAAUAUGAACAGGUCUAAGACAAUGAAGUCGACUAAAUUAUAUGUUAUUAAACGAGAUGGUCGGCAAGAGGAAGUUCAUUUUGAUAAAAUUACAUCCAGAAUUCAGAAGCUAUGUUACAAUUUGAAUAUGGACUUUGUGGAUCCUGUAUCCAUCACCUUGAAAGUUAUAAAUGGCCUUUAUUGUGGUGUGACAACCCAAGAACUGGAUAAUUUAGCUGCUGAGAUCGCAGCCAGCUUAACAACGCAUCAUGCCGACUAUGCUCAAUUGGCAGCCAGAAUUGCGGUUUCCAAUCUGCACAAGGAAACUAAGAAAGUGUUUUCAGAUGUGUUCGAGGAUCUCCACAAGAAUAUUAAUAAGGAGACCAAAGAGGCAGCUCCGAUGGUGUCAGACUUUCACUACAAUGUCGUUAAGAAAAACUCAGAUCGCCUGAACUCAGCGAUCAUCUAUGAUCGUGAUUUUGGCUACAACUAUUUUGGAUUCAAGACCCUCGAGCGUUCGUAUUUGCUAAAGAUCAAUGGCAAAAUCGCCGAACGUCCGCAGCACAUGCUGAUGAGAGUGGCGAUUGGAAUCCAUGGCGAAGACAUCGAUUCCGCUGUCGAGACUUACAAUCUGUUAUCGGAACGCUAUUUUACGCAUGCAUCGCCAACGUUAUUUGCUGCUGCCACCAAUCGUCCCCAGAUGUCAUCGUGUUUCCUUCUAACAAUGGUUUCCGAUUCCAUCGAAGGCAUUUUCAAGUCCGUCGAGCAGUGUGCAAUGAUCUCCAAAUCCGCUGGUGGCAUCGGACUCAAUGUGCAUUGUAUUCGUGCCAAGGGCACAUCGAUCUGUGGCACUAAUGGCACUUCAAAUGGUUUGGUGCCCAUGCUCAGAGUGUUUAAUAAUGUGGCUCGUUAUGUCGAUCAAGGUGGCGGCAAGCGGCCAGGCGCUUUUGCCAUUUACCUGGAACCUUGGCAUUCCGAUGUCUUUGAGUUCUUGGACCUCAAAAAGAACACGGGCAAGGAAGAGCACAGAGCUCGUGAUCUCUUCUACGCCUUGUGGAUACCCGAUCUGUUUAUGAAGCGUGUGGAGGCCAAUGAGGAUUGGUCGCUGUUGUGUCCUCACAAGUGUCCCGGCUUGGAAGACGUUUGGGGGGAUGACUUUGAGAAGCUGUAUACAAAGUACGAGAGCGAGGGUCGCGCAAAUCGUGUGAUUAAAGCACAAACUCUUUGGUAUGCCAUUGUUGAAUCUCAAGUUGAGACUGGCACUCCGUACAUGCUCUUCAAAGACUCUUGCAACAGGAAGAGCAAUCAGCAGAAUGUUGGCACCAUCAAAUGCAGCAACCUCUGCACCGAAAUUGUUGAAUAUUCCGCACCCGAUGAGAUUGCCGUCUGCAAUUUGGCAUCGAUAGCCUUGAAUAUGUUUGUGACUUCGGAGAAAACAUUCGAUUUCAAGAAACUAAAGGAAGUUACUAAAACUGUCACCAGAAAUUUGAACAAAAUCAUUGAUAUCAAUUACUAUCCGCUGCCCGAGGCAAAGAAAUCCAAUUUAAGACAUCGUCCCAUUGGCAUUGGCGUUCAGGGCUUUGCCGACGCCUUAAUUCUGAUGCGUUUUCCCUAUGAGAGUGACAAAGCCGUAUUGCUCAAUCAGCAGAUCUUCGAAACCAUCUACUAUGGUGCCCUUGAGGCCAGUUGUGAGCUGGCUCAAAAGGACGGUCCCUAUGAAACCUACGCUGGUUGUCCGGUGAGCAAGGGAAUUCUGCAGUACGAUAUGUGGGACAAGACACCCACAAACCUUUGGGAUUGGACUGCUCUAAAAUUGAAAAUCAAAGAGCAUGGCGUUAGAAACUCGCUGCUUGUGGCUCCAAUGCCCACGGCAUCUACUGCCCAGAUCAUGGGUAAUAAUGAGUCCUUUGAGCCGUAUACUUCAAACAUUUACACCAGGCGCGUUUUGUCCGGAGAGUUCAAUGUGGUAAAUCAUCAUUUGUUGCGGGAUUUAACCGAACUGGAUUUAUGGGAUGAUGACAUGAAGAAUCAAAUCAUUGCCAGUCGUGGCUCCAUACAAAACAUCGAAUCCAUUCCUCAGGAAGUACGGGAUCUUUACAAAACCGUCUGGGAAAUCUCGGUGAAGUCAACCAUCAAGAUGGCAGCUGAUCGCGGUGCUUUUAUUGACCAGAGUCAAUCAUUCAACAUUCACGUUGCCGAACCCAACUACGGCAAGUUAACAUCCAUUCAUUUCUUCUCGUGGAAGGCAGGCCUCAAGACAGGAAUGUAUUAUCUCCGCACAAAGCCAGCUGCCAAUGCUAUUCAAUUCACAGUCAACAAAAACGGCAGCACUCUCAUCGCAGCUAAUGGACAGAACGGCUCAACGGAUCAGCAUUCCUCAGUUGACUUAAACGUUAGCACUGAAUCCGAAGCGGAUCGCGAACGCAAAAUGGCACAAAUGGUGUGUUCUCUGGAGAAUAAGGAUGCAUGCAUGUCGUGCGGAUCCUAAAAAGUAUUUAUAUAUCUAUCUAUGCUUAAAUCACAUUUAGUAUCUUUAAGAAACAAUGCGAAUUGUACAAUCGUAUUUAAAAGUUAAUAAAUAAAAUAAAGUUGAACGUCACAAAUGU